AUGCGACGAUUUGUCAGAGGUGGAAAGCGCCAGCAGGAUUUUGAAAAUGCCAUUGGCUCUCCGGCUGGAGUCGAGAUGAACGAUUAUGCGGAAAAUGCAGAAGCGCACACGCAAUUGGACAACCUUGCGUCUAGUCGCGUAGUGUCCCCCACUCCCAAUGUUGGCUCGUCGUCACCAGAGACUGUUGGCAGUGGAGGAAACAUUUCAGCGGAUAGCAACUUUGAUGUGCAGGACACUUUGGAUCGGGCUUCUGUCCCUCCAGCAGCUUCAACGACAGAUCCUGGCACGCCCAGUCGAUUGGGUACCAUGAUGAAUUCAAUCUACAAGACACCACAGAAGCAACAACAGCAGCAGCAACAACAACAACAAGCACCCAUGUCGACGGCUUCCAGUGUUGGCCCUACUGCACAAUAUAAUGACAUUGGCUUUUCACCCGACUUCAGCGCGAUGGACAAAGCCAUGUCGGAAAAGUCGAGCGAUGCGGGUGAUUACAAGGAAACCUUUGGCGAUCAGAUUGAUGCCCUCGAUGAUCUAUUGGCAACUCCAGGAAAGGUGCUAGGAGACUUGGCAGAUACUCCCAUUAGCCCUGACGACGACGACUCUGUGGAUCAGGAAUUGGAGGACUUGGAACGUAACAAUCGGUUGCUUAGCCAAGAACUAUCUCAAGUAAGCUGGUAUGAGACUGGUAUUAUCAAAGAGGACCCCUCGGCGGCGAAGCAACUCUUUGCCAGUACACCUGAAUCCAAGAAGGGGGGAGAACCAUCAUCUUCGGCCAACGUAUCGUCCGACUAUGACCAAUUGUUUUCUCCCUCCCCUGGUCCACAAUCCAAAUUUUCCCCUACGUCCAAAACAACACCAUCUUCUCAAAAGAUCGCAGAUAGUCUUGAUGACAACACCCCAUCCAUUUCCAACAAGAGGCAGAAGGAAGCGGACUCCUCUGAUUCGUCCUUUCAGCUACCCAGUGUGUUUGGUUUCCGUAAGACUCCUGCAAAGCAGGAAAAUCAACUGGGAAUUGGCCGCAACCCAAAUGCCAAGGACAAUGUUGCUGAUUCAGAUAUGUCUGCGUCGGCAGUCUCGUCGUCACCCAGCACCACUAGUGGCUCCCUCUUUCAAUCCUUUGCAAACUUUUCGGCAAUGGUGGGAGAUUCCUUGACAUCGCCCAGUGGGAAGUUUAAUCAGAGUGAAGAGAGCCCUACAAGUCAACCAUCACUCAGGGGCGAAGAGUUGUUGUUCGAUGGUGCUGGUUCUCCACCGCGGGAUACAUCGUCCCAGCAACUCUCGACCAGCUUGCAGACUGUCAGUCCCAUUCGAAAAUAUCAAUCCCGUGGAAGGCAACCUGCUCCGCCACGUUCUUAUGGAAGAGGAGGAGGAGGUCAAUCCAUUGACAAUUUUGAUGCUAACACGGAUUCCAUCAAACAACCAUUGAUUCAUUCUCAACAGCAGCAACACCUCCUACCUCGAACUCCCGACCGUCAAAAGCUGGACGACAAUUUGAAAGCUCAAGCGUCCUACCCUGGUCUCCCUUCGCCUGUGGGUAUGGCGUCUCCCCAUGUCUAUGCAGAUAAUAGCACGGACGAGGAAGAUGGUUUCUACGUUCGCGUGAACAAGAACGCGGAUCAGUCCAUUGUAUCCCAAUGCACACAAGACAUUGAAGUGCAGGAAAAACAACCAGAGGAGAACGAAACGAUGACGAAUCGACAAAUUGCAUGUCUAUGCGGGUUUAUGGUCAUUGUGAUUGUUUGCGCCCUAUUGAUCGCAUUAUUUGCGACUGACAUGUUGGACGACAUGGAAAAUGAUCCCCGUCCAGUGGAUCGGUCACCCAAUGGAACAAUUAUCAUUGAUGUGCCAACCGACACUUCAGAUCCUACCUCGUUUCCAACGCGAAGACCGACGCCAUUUCCGACAGCCUUGGAACCCACCUUGGAAGAGUUUGACAUUGGCUAUAACAUUCGUAUUGCGAAUGGGGAGGCCGACUCCAUUCUCUCAAGUUCCUACACUCCAGAUUUGAUCGAGAGCAUGGAUCUAUUGUCGGUUGGAGUCUUGGACGCAAUCCAAGAAGGAAAGGAUCCUUCCACUUUGUACGAACGACGACGACUUGCUUCCUUGGCGCUACCAUCCAUAAUUGUGACCAUCACCGAAGAGGAAUGCCCUAACGCCAAUGACCGUGACCGAUGCGAACGAAUCAUUGCAGGGCUGUCGUUGACGGAUGAUUCGAACAUUGCCGAUAGGUUCCGAAACACGCUACAGCAAGAGGUGUCCUCGGGCGGACUUCAGUUUUUUUUGCAGCAAGUGAAUCCAAAUUCUCCCAUUUUCAUUCUGGAUCCUGCGCAAAACCCUGGAAUAACUCCGGCGCUGCCGCCAACUGCACCAAAUUCAGGACCUGGCGGACCAACUGAUCCAGCGACUGCAUCGCCAACAAGAUCACCUGCCUUUCAACCAACUCCCACUACACCGACACCCGGACCUGCUAAUCCAGACGCGUUGCCAACAACGUCACCUGCAUUCCAACCAACUCCCACGACAUUAACCCCAGGACCUGCUAAUCCAGACGAAUCGCCGACAAGGUUACCCGCAUUUCAACCAACUCCAAUGACACCAACACCAGGGCCUGCUGAUCCAGAUGCAUUGCCAUCAAGGUCACCCGCAUUUCAACCAACUCCAAUAACAUCAACCCCAGGACCUGCUAAUCCAGAUGCAUCGCCGACAAGGUCACCCGCAUUUCAACCAACUCCAAUGACACCAACCCCAAUACCAAAUCCCAUCGCACAACCUUCUCCACUCCCGCCAGGGUCGACUCCCGUCACGCAGCCUACUCCGUUUUCGUCCGCCAAGCCGACGCUUUUGCAGACUGCAACGCCAAUGGCACCUCCGACUUCUAGACCAACGUCAUUGCCUUCAGUCAUACCUACCGCACCUCCUCUAUUCAAAGCAACUCCUGUCCCAACUUUGAGAUCUACCAAUAGUCCUACAAUGGCUCCGAAUCCAACACUCUUCGAUAUUUUGGUUUCGAAAUCCUUUGACGGUGGAGACGCGCUGCUAGAUUCGUCAUCAGCGCAACACAAUGCAUUCAUGUGGUUGCUGACCAACAGAGACAUUGACAAGUAUGGGGAAGAACAGCUUGUCCAAAGGUAUGUCAUGGCCGCACUAUACUUCAGCACAGAUGGAGAAAGAUGGCUGAACAAAAAUAACUGGUUGGCGGACGUGGAUGAAUGCGAGUGGUUCAGCAAAGCAGGGCAUGGAGCUUGUAAAAAGGGCAAGUUGGAAAAUCUAGAGCUGGAUUACAACAAUUUGAAUGGAUUCUUGCCAGAAGAGCUGGGCUUAUUGUCGGAUUCACUGGAACGGAUUGUCUUGCACGGCGGACCAGAUGAAAAACUAGAUGGCUCUAUUCCAACAUCUAUUGGAUACCUCACCAAGCUACGAUUGCUUUUCAUGCCAAACAACUCGAUGGAAGGGGGUUUACCAUCGGAAAUUGGAAACCUGAGUUUGUUGCAACAGAUCAACCUAUCCAAUUCUCGACUACAAGGUAACCUGCCUUCUGAAGUCGGUCUACUGACAAGUCUCGUUACGUUUGAUGUUAGUGGCAACGAAUUCUCUGGACUUCCAACGGAAAUUGGAAUGAUGGAAAAAGUGAACAAAAUGAUUUUGCACAACAACAAAUUUGAGGGACCCCUGCCAUCAGAAAUUGGACAGAUUCGUAGACUAGCGCAGUUGGAAGCAAACGAUAACUCAUUUGAUUCCCUACCUUCCGAAAUUGGAGAACUGGUGUUUUGUGAGACCUUGGAGCUACAAGACAACAAAAUUGCUGGUCCAAUUCCGACGGAAAUUGGAGAAAUGCGUCGUCUACGUUUGCUUGACUUGGGGAACAAUCUUUUGACGGGAACCAUACCAACCGAAUUUAAAAGGUUGAAGGAACUGAAAUCCCGACUAAGUUUGGCAAGUAAUCGAAUAAGGGGAAGUAUUCCCUCGGAGUUUGGGGAAUUAGAUAAAUUGAGAAUCAUCGACCUUAGACGAAACAGACUGUCUGGAAGCGUUCCCGAAGAUUUGUCUGGGAUGAAGAAAAUCAGUACAAUUCACUUGGACAACAAUGAUCUCGACGGCACAAUACCAGCCAAAUUGUGUGCUUUGUACGGCAGAACCUUCCCAGAGUUUAGUGCGGACUGUGCUGAUUUUGAUGACAGCUGCCCUUGCUGUUCAACGUGUUGUGUCGGAGGUCAGUGUACUUGCCGCUAUGAAGGUACACCGCAAGAAUACCUCUGCUUUUCUCGUACCUCUGAAAUAGUACCAUAG